UCGAUCAUGGCUUCCUUGUACCAAUCAUUAACCCUUGGCUUCCUUCUUCUGUACUGGACGAUGGUGACGAUGAACAUUCCAACAAUUGAAGCUUCCUAUCACCAUCGAAUAUUAUCGGGAGGUUAUUACCGUGGAGGUCCAUGGGAAUUUGCUCAUGCCACCUUCUACGGUGACGAAACAGCUUCUGAGACAAUGGGAGGAGCUUGUGGAUAUGGAAACUUAUACAAUAGCGGUUAUGGAACCCAAACAGCAGCCUUGAGUUCAACAUUGUUUCAGAAUGGAUAUGGAUGUGGGGCUUGUUUUCAGAUGCGGUGUGUCCAAUCGCCUCACUGCUACAGGGGCUCUCCGUUCACCACCAUCACUGCUACCAACCUUUGCCCACCUAAUUGGGCUGAGUCUUCCAAUGCUGGUGGAUGGUGCAACCCACCAAGGACACACUUUGAUAUGUCUAAGCCUGCUUUCAUGAAAAUCGCCGAUUGGCACGCCGGCAUCAUCCCAGUCAUGUACCGUCGAGUACCUUGUAUGAGGAGAGGUGGAAUUCGAUUCCAAUUUCAAGGAAAUGGGUAUUGGUUAUUAGUGUAUGUGAUGAAUGUGGGAGGAGCAGGAGACAUAGGAAAUAUUUGGAUAAAAGGAAGCUCUACUAGGUGGAUGAGCAUGAGCCAUAACUGGGGAGCAUCAUACCAGGCAUUUGCAUCUUUAGGUGGACAAGCUCUCUCUUUUAAGGUCACUUGUCGUACCACAAGGCAGACUAUUGUUGCUUGGAACGUUGCUCCUAGGAACUGGAAUACUGGAAUGACAUAUGAGGGUAGAGUGAAUUUCCGUUGAUACAUA